UCUUCUUCUGCUAUAAAUACGCUUUUAGAUCCUUCGUCUUCAUCUGGUCGAUGUGUGUUAAGGAAAACGGUAGAUGGUGGAAACAGAUACGGUUCGGAGGAUGGAGCUUAAUCUAGAUCUGGGUGUCUACUGCUUGCCGAAACCCUUGUCUGAAUUUCUUCACGAAGUCUCGCAGAUCAAUGACUGUCCUUCGGCUCUGUCGGAAAUCCAUGGAUUUGUCGACAGAUUGGAGGAAGAGAGGCGAAAGAUCGAUGUUUUUAAACGGGAACUCCCUCUCUGCAUGCUUUUGUUGAAUGAAGCAAUAGGGAGGUUGAAGGAAGAGGCAACGCGUUGCGCAGAGGCCGGAGAUGGGUCGGCGGUUGAAGGAUCAAAUAGGAAAUUCGAUGAUGGCGGAGGGGCAAAAGUGGAAAAUGACAAGAAGAACUGGAUGAGCUCUGCCCAGUUAUGGAUCUCGAACUCGGAUUCCCAAAUGCAAUCGAGGAAUGAAGAAGAGGAAGAAGAUCGGUCAGCGCCGCCAAACCCAUCUCCGAGCUGUAACUUUGCUAACAAAGGAGGGGAAUUUCCGCCAUUUUCGCGUCUGUACGGAAGCUGCCAUCCUCCUCCUUUAACCCUAAUGCCUCCAGCUUCAGUCAUGGUGGUGAAUUGCAGAGUUGACCGUCAUCAACCGAGCAAACCCUCGAACCAAAAUCAGAAGAAAGAACAGCGGCGGCGAUGGUCGCCGGAGCUCCACCGGAAAUUCAUAGACGCCCUUCAGCGUCUCGGAGGUUCAAAAGUGGCUACGCCGAAACAGAUCAGAGAGCUGAUGCAAGUCCAAGGCCUAACCAAUGAUGAAGUCAAAAGCCAUUUACAGAAAUACAGAAUCCAUGUGCGGAAACAUCCGAUUUCCCGGGCUGAUGAAACAGUGGAAACUGCAGGAGGGUUGCAUCAAAUCCCGUGUAAGGACAAAGACUCAGAGAGCCAGUCGGAUUCUCCGCAAGGGCCGCUCAUCCGGAGAGGAUUCUCCGGCGAUGGAGGAGGCCUCAGCUCAGAGGCUGCCGAAGGAGAAGAUGAUAACGAAGACGACGAGGAGGCGGUAUCCGACGGGCAGAGCCGCAAGAAUGCGACUAACAUGAAGGAAGAAAUGGAUCUUAAGCUUUAGAAGUUUACAAAAUGAGUAUAUACAGAUUAAUCUCUAUACAAUGGUCCUUUAGAUGUAAACAGGGAGAGAUCUUCAAGCUCUGUUCCUUUUUUUCUGCAUCAAGAAAGGAACUCAUAGAUUCAAGAUUUUGCUUGUGGGUUAGUGUUUGAAGUUUUGGUCUCCAAAGAAAAUUGUGGUUUUGUCUGAAACUACGAUGUCGUUGUUACCAUCUAAUCUGAAUUUAGAGGUUCCAUCUGGAAGAUUUAAGCAUAUGUAAGAGUAGAUAAGAUGAGAUUUUUCCAAAUUA